UUACACACCUUACAUACUUUACUUAUACUUACUUCACAUACUUACCUUACAUACUUUACUUAUACUUACUUUACACUUACACUUUGCCCACUUACACUUGACACACUUCACUAGCGAGUGUCAACAACAGUGUGAGACUGAGGGAGUCAGAUUUAGAGCAUCCACAUUGGACAUGGCCAGUGGAAACAACAGUGGCUUAGGGGCAUCUCUCUUCCGUGGAGCAUUACAUGGCAAUACCAGCAACACCAAUAAUCUUAGUGCCAACAGCAACACCAGUAACCAACAGCAUCACCACCACCACCAUUCAGCUGGACAUCAUCCACAGCAGAGCACAGUGGGAAGUAGCAGUCACCUGCACCACCCACAGCCACCACAACCUCCUCAGUCACAGCCAAUGCUGGCAGCCGUGACCUUCAGCACUGAAGAUACCUCCCGUGGCAGAGGCACACCAGGGAGUCCGGAUCACAUGUCAACUGUUAUGGCCAAGCUUUGGUUUGACCACAAUGUAGAAUCAUCAUUGUCAUCUCUCAAGAAAGAAGAGCAUGAGAAGCGUACAAGGGACCUCCGUAAACAGCUGGAGUACAUAGCAGAUACCAAUUGGAAAUAUUCUCCUGUUGAGAAAUACAUUGGACAGCAGUGAUAUU